AUGGUGGAUAAAGCUUCUGUAUCGUUAUCGCCUCGGUCGGACGCCCGUCCGGUACACGCCGUGCCCUUCGCAGACACCAUCACCGUCGACGCUCCCGCAACUCGAUCCUUGUCCCUCCCAAGACCCGCCGAUGAUGCGCCUGCGGGCUCAGAUAGCCGAUCCCUGAGCACGAGCGCCGCGUCAGCAUCGCCCAACCCGGUCCGUUCGGCGCUGAAGAAUGCAAGGCAGGAUCCGGGCCUCAUGCCCGCGACACCGACAGGAGAGGACAGUCAUCCCCGACGGUCGGAGGACAAUCGCUCAGCACUCGGUGUGCCGUCGCCCUCGCCCUCACUACGCAGUGUCCCCAGCAUCGUCGUCAAUGAUACGGGCUCCCGUCCCAGCUCGCGCCCAGGCUCGCGAUGGUCCGAACGCAAAUGGAGCGCAUUGAGGAAGAGAUCCGCGGAGUUUGACGCGAAGACCAGCUCCGAGCCUCCUCCACCGCCGGUGCCUCAGAUUGAAUCGGCGUUCAAUGGGAUCAGUCUCGAUAUACCGACGGGGAAAUUGGAUGAUCUGGGGACGCAGGCAUUGAAAUUCUCCAACAGGGGGAGCCUCCUCGUUAAGGAUAGAUCUAAGCGGCCGCGGCCCAAGCAGCCGGAUCGACAAUCUGCACAGCGGCAAGAUUCUGAGAAAACACCCGCUUCGUCUAUCGCCCCGAGUGUUGAUGAGGAUGGGAAUGGUGCUCCGAAAGUGACUCCGCGGCCUGUCCGGCCACAGAGUCUCCUUCGGCCGCGGCAAACGAGUCUACAGUGCAGGGCUGUCUCGGCAGACGAGGAUAUGCUCUCGCGGCGAGUUCGCCUCAUGUACGAGAAGGGUGAAGAUAAUGUCACCGACUCGGAAGUUUCUCAGGCGAUGGCCAUGGAAAAUGGUGUACUGUGGGAGGAAGGUGCGGCCGAGCCUUCUGCCGAGAUGAACGGAGGCCAGACGAGACCCUCCACAGAUACCGAGCGUAUUAGAAGGACGAAGAGAGAGAAGGAGGAACUCUCUGGAGGAAUUGAAGAUUGGAAGAACGUCGGUGCGGCCGAUGUGGAUCGGUAUGGCUUCAUCCGCGUGCCGACGACGCCAAACAGCCCCUCCGGCUCAGAGCUCAAUCCCCUCCAACGAGUGACCACAAGCCUUCUUCUGGCCUCUGAAACGCCGCGGCGGAAGCAUUCCCUUCGGCCAGGAUCUGGCAACCGCUCGUUGCUUAGCCGGUCUCCAAGUCGCAAAAUGAGCCAAAGUUCCCUGUCCAAUCGUCCUUCCUCAUCACAAAGCACACAAAGUGCGCCAAUACGGCGCUCAACGUCUCGCUUACGCACUGCGGCGAAUCAUCUCCCUCAUAACCGAGACCGGAAAAUCAAGGACGAGGCGGGUGAUAUGCUAACGCUCCCGUAUGAGGUUCCCGAGAACGAGGCGGAGGAUUCCCUGAUGUCCCGGACGGUGCGAAAGAAGGAGUGGGAUCGUGAAGAUAAGUGGACGAAGAUGGCCAAGCCGACCAAGAAGCGUCGGGAUGGCGGUGGCAUGACAUUUGAGUUCGAUACGCAGAGCUCGAAAGUAAUCGAACGGACGUGGAAAGGCAUCCCGGACCGAUGGCGGUCGACGGCGUGGUACUCGUUUCUCGAGGCCAGCGCAAAGCGGCGCAAGGAUAGCCCCUCGGAGAGGGAUCUCAUUGACGCCUUUCACGAGUAUCAAUAUGUCUCCUCGCCUGAUGACGUUCAAAUUGAUAUUGAUGUGCCGCGAACUAUAACCAGCCACAUCAUGUUCCGGCGACGGUACCGUGGUGGCCAACGACUGCUCUUCCGCGUGCUUCACGCCAUGUCACUAUACUUCCCCGACACAGGCUACGUGCAAGGUAUGGCCGCCUUGGCAGCUACGCUUCUAGCCUAUUAUGACGAAGAGCACGCCUUCGUUAUGCUUGCGCGGCUCUGGCAGCUCCGCGGCCUGGAACAGCUAUACAAAGAGGGAUUCGCGGGACUCAUGGAAGCCCUUUCCGACUUUGAACGAGAGUGGCUGGCAGGUGGUGAAGUUGCCUCCAAGCUGAAUGAAGUCGGCGUGCCACCUACAGCGUACGGGACGCGCUGGUACCUCACACUCUUCAACUACUCCAUCCCGUUCCCGGCACAGCUGAGGGUAUGGGAUGUCUUCAUGCUCCUGGGGGAUGCAGAUGACACCACCGGGUGGCCGUCCACCUCACCCGGGAAAAAGAAAGAAGCCGCCUCCGCUCCGUCUGCCAGCUCUUUCGGUCAAGGAUUAGAUGUUCUUCAUGCCACAUCCGCGGCUCUUAUAGACGGCAUGCGCGAGAUCAUCCUCGAGUCCGACUUCGAGAACGCCAUGAAAGUCCUCACCAGCUGGGUGCCCAUCAAGGACGUGGAACUGUUCAUGCGCGUCGCCAAGGCGGAAUGGAAAGUCCACCGCCGCAAGAAAUCCCCUCAUCCUUAA